AUGCCUUCCCGCCUUCUCCAGCAGCCACUCUCUCCACCUGCGCCACCGCCGCCUCCCCUGCUUGCCAAGAGCCAACACCGCCGCCACGCCCUCCUCGCCGCCACCAUCGCUUCCGCGGCGGCCGCGGCAGCUUUGUUACUCUUGCUCGUCGUCGUCGUCGUCGUCCUCCUCCUCCGGCGGCGGCGGCUCCGGCACCCCACGCUCCCGUUCUCCCCGCCGCCGGACCCGGCGCGCCCGCUCCGGCGCUACUCCCGCCGCACGCUUCGCCGCGCCACGGGCGGGUUCCACCCGUCCCGCCUCCUCGGCCGCGGCGCAGCCUCGCCCGUCUACCUCGCCACCUUCCCCGACGCCUCGCUCGCCGCCGUGAAGACGUGCGCGUCGCCGCACGAGCUCCACCUCCUCGCGUCGCUCCCUGAAUCCCCUCGCCUCGUUUCCCUCCAUGGCUACUCACCCGGCUCGGGCUCGGGCUCUGGCUCCGGCGGCGGCGCUGCCGAGCGCCCGCUCCUCCUUGUCUUCGAGUACAUGCCCCAGGGCUCCCUCCAGGGCGCGCUGUUCGGAGGCGGCGACGCCGCUGCCCGCGACGGGCAGUUCCUGGACUGGCCGAAGCGGCUCGCCAUCAUCCGCGACGUGGCGCGCGCGCUCGCCUUUCUCCACGUUGAGUGCCAGCCGCCCGUCGUGCACGGCGACCUCAAGCCCAGCAACGUCCUCCUCGAUGCUAACUUCCGCGCCAAGCUCGCCGAUUUCGGCCUCGCGCGCUUCAAGACCCCCGAUGCCGUCGCCGCGUCUGGCGCUGCCGGGGACGAUUUCAUGAGCCAAGAACUCGGCGAGGCCGGCGACCACCUCUCUACCACCGCCUCCGCUGCCGGCGGGGCCAAAACGGACACAAAGGAUGAGUCGGGCCCGGCUGGUGCGUGGGGGAAGGAAUGGUGGUGGAAGCAGGAUGGUAGCGGUGAGCUUGACUCGAGGGACUACGUCGCCGAGUGGAUUGGUAGCCAAAUCUGCCCGGAGAGGAACCUGGAUUGGGCCGACGAGAACGAUGACGACGCCAACGAGCAUAAGAACUCUCCCUCGGGUACGGACGAAAACGCUUUGUCAGCGUCGCCGGAGGACAAGAAGAACACCGACUGCAAUGGCAAUGGCAAUGUCGACGGCGCCAAGAAGGAGGUGACCAAGAUGAGGGAGUGGUGGAAAGAGGAGUUCUUUGAAGAGAUGAGCAAGAAGCAGGGAGCAAGCUUCGACAAACGGCGCGGCGGCGGCGGCAGGCCGUGGCUCCGUUCGAUCAGCAUGAACACGGGGCACGGCAACACCAACGGCGAGAGCAAUAAUGUCGAGCCGAGCGCUGCGGACCUCAGCUUCCGGAGAAGCCGGAAGCGGAGCCGGCGUCGCGGUCGGUCAGUGGGCAGCGACGUCCACAGCGGAUGCGGCGGGGACUACCUCAGCCGGGAGUUUAGCAGCACGACGAGCAUGCGCGGCACGGUGUGCUACGUUGCGCCGGAGUGCGGCGGCGGGCCCUGCGAGCACGGCAGCGAGCUGCUGGAGAAGGCCGACGUGUACAGCUUCGGCGUGCUCGUGCUGGUGAUCUUGUCCGGUCGGCGGCCGCUGCACAUCCUCUCGUCGCCGAUGAAGCUCGAGAAAGCUAACCUGGUGAGCUGGUGCCGGCAGCUGGCGCGCGCCGGGAACGUGCUGGAGCUCAUGGACGAGCGGCUGGACGGCGGGUACGACAGGGACCAGGCCACCAAGUGCGUGCAGCUCGCGCUGCUGUGCCUGCAGCGGCAGCCGGAGCUCCGGCCGGACAGCACGGACAUCGUCAAGAUCCUCGACGGCGAGAUGGAACUUCCGCCGGCGCCGGUGGAGUUCUCGCCGUCGCCCCGCGUGCGGCCUUUCCCGCGGUCGUCGCGCCGGGCAGCACAGCAGCCGGAUGCCGCCGAGUGA